GGGUGUUUCCUUGUUAUGUCAAUUUAAGGCCAUGCGAGCAAGUGGUAUGGAUGCGUAGAGAAAUUAACAUUCACGAUAUACAUGUAACGUGAAAGAAUCUCAAGCGAAUCAUUUUAUCAGUUCCUCACUCCACAUUAGAAAAUUUGCUUUUGAAAAUGAGUUCCAAGAAAUUAGCCAUGUAUGUGUGUGUUGCCUGGAUGAUGGCGAUCUUCGGAUCUUCUUUCGCCACAACUUGCCCUCCAGAUUUCGGAGGUCGCUGUAUUUGCGGAAAAGCAAACUAUAAUGGCAGACAGAGAUAUUUGGUAAAUUGUACCAACACUCAAUUCAAUGAUGCUGCUAUGCUUGAAAAGUUACCAGUCCAAACUGAGGUAGUAAUUUUCACAGGAAACAAUGUCACUAGUAUGCCUUGGAAUGUAUUUGGGAAAAUGAAUGACUACCCAUAUCUUGAAGUAAUUGAUAUGACCAAUAAUAACAUACAAGAAAUCAAGGGAAAAACUUACCACCAUGUCCGAAAUGUGAAAACUCUGAUUUUGAAUCACAAUCAGCUAAAUAUUACAGGAGACAAGACACACCCUAGAAUCUUCUCAAAUUUUGUGAAUUUGGAAUCUCUCCAUUUGACUAAUGCCUUUUCAGAGAGUGUUGAUUCAAAGGAAUAUUUGGUUGCCUUGGAACAAAUAUUUGUUGGAUCUAACCUGACAAAAUUAGCUAAAGUGCAUUUGGAGCAAAAUGAAAUCUGGUCGAUAAAAAACCCAAACAUCUUCUGCACUCUGCCAUCAUUGAUGGACAUUCAGCUUGGAGAUAACAACAUUUCCGACAUCAGUUUCAAUGUUGGCUGCAUACAUAACCUUAGAUUUAUUGAUCUAAGAAAUAAUAAGAUUCAUAGCCUGUCCAACAAUACACUUGCCAUGUUUGAAGAGCUACCAGACCAAGGUCUAGGAGUCAAAUUAGAUUUGAUGGGCAACCCUUUCGUUUGCGAUUGCCAAAUAGCUGAUCUUUUGAAUUGGCUCCGGACUACUAAAGUUGAUGUACUUGAAAAAGAGUCCUACAUAUGCUAUGAUGGUCUUCCAGCUUCAAAUGCUAAUGAGCAAUUGUAUAAUGUGCACCAAAUUCAAUGUGCUUUUGCCCCAAAACAGGAAUAUCAAGGAACCACAGUUCUACUUGGAAUACUUUUAUUCUUGAUGACUUCCUUGAUCCUCAUCAUUGGUUAUAUGAACUUCACCAGUGUUCGUACUGGUACUAUGGCUUUAUGGGAAAAAGUGGUUCAUAGGGGCCAGUAUACCCACAUUCUUAGCAAACCGGAGGAACAAGAAGUUCAUGUGUAGUAAGCCAUUCUUUGAAAACAGCAUUCCGUUCAUAAUUUCCGUCCAUUUUUUAUAUUCCUCCUAUUGAAAUCUUGAUGCAAUGACAUUGGCGUUACUAGAAGCCACCCUUGCCAUUGCCGUUAAUUGUUGUAAUGGCGGAUUUUAAAAAUUGCACAGCUAUAGCUAGAUAUUUAGAGAUGCCGACAACUACCGUCAUACGCUACAUAACUACUUUCUUAUGCAAUCAUGUCUUAUUUUCUGAUUCAGCCUGUCCUCAAUCUUAGCGUAUGGUUCAUGAAGACCGCCAAUUUUAACGGUCGACGAAUUACGUUCAAAGAUAGUUGCCAUAUCUUUUUUUUUCUAACGAGUGAUAGUGUGCCUUGCGUCCGAACGUUAUACCCGACCAAAUUUCGCAUAAGAUGAUGUUCCAUUUUAGGGUUCGGAAUUCACUUACAACACUUGUAUUCCCAUGGUGGUGUAUUUUAUAAAAGUGUUCGAACAAUCUGGUAUUCCCUCCAUUUUAAAUCCCGAACCUUAGAACUUUGUAUUUUCACUUUGCAAGAAAUACAUUUUUCCGCUUUAUA